AUGGGUAGUGGUAACUUCCUGAAGAAGAGCAAUAUCGACCGCAGUGCUGAACAGAAAGUGUGCAAGAACCCGGAUUUUAUGGACCCGCGUUAUCUGAUCCACGGCGAGCUGUGGAUGGUGGAGCGGCUGGUGUGCAACUACGGGCCGAGCGGCAACUUCCUGGGGCUGCCGCUGUACGAGGAGGGUGACCCGUGCUCCAGGUGUCCCAACGGCACCCGCUGCAGCGACGCCUACCCGGGACUCUGCCAGAAGAAAGCUUUGGAUGCGACCCGCCUCGUGGUGACACAGUGUAGCAGCAGCUUCCCCUGCCUGGCUGAUAGUCCGGCGCAGCUGACGCAGCCCGUCACUCGCAGCGUUACAAUAACGGCCGCGGCGCCCUGCCACCACACGGGCUGGGGAGCAGCAGUCGACGAGAAGUACAACGCCACGACGACGCCGCUGCCGCCACUCUGGAGCUUCACGACGCGGCCGCCAGGCGGCAGCACCAGCAAGAGCCCGGCGGCGGACGGCGGCGGCUCCACGCAGCGAGCGACUGUGGCGCCAUCCACGACCACACAGCAGGCGCGACCCACGACCACCGAGAAGGCGCGCUCCAGCACGGAGGGGACGCGGCCCACGACCAUGCUGCGGGUGACAACGGCGCCGCCGGCAACCGAGACCACGGUGGCGACGACCGCGUCUUCCGCCGCCUCCACAGAGUCCGAGGCCGUGACGGACGAGGGGACGACCACGGAAGCAGUGGCGACGACAACAGAGCCGGUGACGACGGAGGUCGUCGCCACAGAGGCUGCGGCCGAGAACAGCAUAGCGGAGUAG